AUCGCGCAACUCCAUUGAGGCACAACAGCCAAACGCAGCACAAAAUUACUGUUCAGUGCAGCUAAAGUGCUUGAUACCCAAUAAACCCAGCCCUAGUCACUUCAAAGACUAAGUCCGACGUUGAAUUCGGCUCUUACACGGUCCUCCUAAACCCGACGGGACACAUCAACCGCCCGCCAUCGCGUCAGACAGGGCCUAGUCUAUGACAACAGGAGCUGUCGGCCUAGUCAAAAUUGAUUCUCAUCGACCUUACUGAUCCUGCGCAACUAUUCAAUCUCUGAAUAUGGCUUGGCUCAAUUCAACCCCGGGCUCUGGUGGACGCGCCGCAUCCCCUACUGUCUUUGAGCAACAACGCGAAGAAUUAGUUCGGGAAAUUGCCGCUAGCAUGGAGCAAGUACUCCAAAACAUCAACCGUUUGAAUCGGAACUUGGAGAGCAUCAUCACAGUCGGAAACGAGUUUAGCUCCGUAGAAGCCCUCUGGUCCCAGUUCGAGAACUUCAUGGGUCGACCAGAGGAAGAACUCGAAGAGGCUGCUCAGGGAAAACGGACAGUUAGUGGGGAGAGCGAGGGACGAGGUAAUGCAGGAACACAGCAGGAAGGGGAGGACGACUCGAGGCUCAGCCAGUAGGACUUCUUCCGUUUGGACUGGGCUGAGCUGACUGGUUGUAUUUCCAUAUCAGCCUUGCAUUACUUAUUACUUGAUGAUACCAUGGUCAUUUUACGUUGAACUACUCUUUACGAACAAAAUUAUGUCUACUUUGAAAAGCUACCAUUGGG